GGGUGCUCUCUGGCCACCAAAGAAUGGGUCGACAACCACUGGGGCCUCAUUCUUUGGAAACUAGCGGGUAUGGUGUGUUUGGACCCGGGGCGCGAGCGAGAUAUGGACGCCAGGAGGUGGUCCUGGGACGAAGUGAUGCGUCAGCUGAGAUACCGGUACGAGAAAGAGCUCAACGGCGGCUCGAGACCUGCUCUGCGUUUGAUCACGACCCAGGACUCUCCCGCAAGCAGCCCCAUGGUCCUCUGCAUCUCGAAUAUCUUCUGGUCCGAGAGCGGCGUGACCAGUGAUGGGUUGGCCAUAGCCGCUUGUCCCGAGCUCGAGAUGACGGACGGAUGGUAUAAGUUGAGAGCUACGGUCGACCCACCGCUUGCGCGGGCGAUCGAGAGGGGUGCUAUUCGUGUUGGAAGAAAGAUCGCUGUGGCGGGCGCGAAGCUGUCCACAGGAAAGUCGGAACCCUGCGAAGUUCUCGAUGCCUACGAAACCGUCCAACUGAGCCUCUCCGGCAACUCAGCACAUAUCGCCCCAUGGCACGCAAAGCUCGGGUUCACGAAUGGGCUUUGUGUGUCCACGCUGCACAGUCUCACGCCCGAUGGAGGCCCGGUUCAGAUGUUGGACCUUAUCGUCACCAAGGCAUACCCGAUAGCGUUUCUUGAGUUCAUCGAGGAUGAGAAUGGAAAUAAGACGAGAGAGGGUCCACGCAAAGAGAAAGAGGAGAUGGAAAUACACGAGCAGUGGCGGGUACGUUUCGCUCACCUUCAUAUUUCGUUCCAACCAUCGUUCUUCUGCCACUCACAAGACGGUGAAGAAGCCCGCCUCCGGCAAGACUUCGAGACUAAGAUGUCCGUCUACCAAGGCUGGGCGGAUAAACUCGCACUGAAAGCGAGACGCUUCUUCCCCUCCGACGAUGAUAUAUUCGACGACUUGGACGGCGGAGGAGACUAUCACCAAGCCACGGCCCACCUUACAAACAACCAAGCCGGUUGGCUCGCGCGGUACAUCCACGAGCGAAGUAUAAAAGAGCGAGAGAGCAUUAACGAAGAGAUCGAGCGCGACCUCAAGGUUAUUUGUCCUCCUCGCGACGUUCGCAACUUCCGUGUUCUUUUCAUGAAAGACGCACACACAGACCGGAGGCCUUCACAUCGGACGGCCGAAAUCACCGUCUGGGAUGUACUGUCCUUAUCCUUUGACGAAGGGAGACAACCGGGGACGUUUAAAGAAGGCCAACGAUUCCUCGUCUCCAAUCUUUUGCCAUCACAGCAUGGUGCAUGGAUGCCCACGACAGGCGACGACCCACAUAUAUAUUUGAGCACUCGACGAGACUCGCGCUGGCGUAGACUGUAA